CCUGAAACGCAAGGAAGUGAAGGCGACUCAAUUGGGUAUAAAGCAUCAACAUCUGCCCCGAGCAGUGCAAACUGAUGAAAACAUCAGGUCAGAACUCGGGUCGAGCAGUCGCUAUACUUUCCCGAGGAAUAAUAACAAAUAUCGCCGUCCUACAGACUGACAGUCUUAUCCAGUCAUUAUAUCUCAAUUCAACUGAAUGACUUUACCAACACUAUACUGGAAUUAAACAGUACACCUGCUUGCGCACCUGUUACCUACACGGAGCGCAAGACCAUGAUUCCGCCCGGCGACUGCAUGUACGCGGGCCGGAAAAGAAGGAAACCGGUCCAAAAACAGAAACCGACGUCUGUGAGUGAAAAGACCAACCCGUCGAAGCGCCACCGGGACCGCCUGAACGCCGAACUGGACCGCCUGGCCAGCCUGCUGCCCUUCUCCCCAGACAUCAUCUCCAAGCUGGACAAGCUCUCCGUGCUGCGCCUCAGUGUGUCCUACCUGCGGGUCAAGAGCUUCUUCCAAGCUAACCAUGAGAAAGUUCCCAGGAAGCACACCAGCGCGUCCGCCAACCCCGAGCCCAGGAAAGAGAGCCUUCCCCUGGGUAACAACAUCACAGAGAGUGGCCUCGUCCUGGAGUCUCUGACAGGCUUUGCCCUGGUGGUGAGCAACGAUGGGAUGGUCUUCUACGCCUCCUCCACCAUUGUAGACUAUCUGGGCUUCCAUCAGACUGACGUGAUGCACCAGAACGUGUUUGACUACAUCCACGUGGACGAUCGGCAGGAGUUCAGGCGUCAGCUGCACUGGGCCAUGAACCCCCCGCAGCACAGAGGGGACCCACAGGACCCCCAGACGGCAGCAGGCACCGGUGAGGACUAUGUGGUGAACAGCCUGUUCCAUUCUCAGGAGGCAGGGGGAGUACCUCCAGAGUUCUCCUCCUUCCUCAACAGGUGCUUCAUCUCCAGGGUCCGUUGCCUGCUGGACAGCACCUCUGGCUUCCUGACCAUGCAGUUUCAAGGGCGGUUGAAGUUCCUGCAGGGCCAGAAGAGGAGGUCUGUGUCGGGGGCCCUGAUGCCCCCCCAGCUGGCUCUGUUCUGCGUGGCCGUGCCUCUUCUGCUCCCCUCCAUUACAGAGGUGAAGAUGAAGACGAUGAUGAUGAGGGGCAAGCACAAGGGGGGGUCCGGGGGGAUCAUGGCACUGGAGCAGGGCGAGCGAGAGGAGCACCUCCAGAGACACUCUGUGGGCGGGAUGGAGGAGGGAGGGUGCGAUGAGCUCCUCCUCUCCUGCUCGACUCCCGGGGGGGCCCAACGCGGCCACCACGCCCCCUGGACCCCCCUCUCUAAAGACAACCUCAAGUACAAGAACGAGGGCUUCUACAGCCAGGAGCAACCUCUCAAUUACUGCAAGUCCUCCAUAGCAGCACACAAAGGCCUCAACCCAGGCCUGGAGAACGGUUGGCCACUCAGGCCCAGCUCGGGAUCCUUACGUGGGGGACAAGGGGUGGGCUACGUCCCCUCUAACCGGUUGGGGAAGGUGGGCCACUAUGGUAAGCCCUACCGGAUGUCCCCGGGGUGUCACGGAGGCGCAAGGGGUGGGGACGUCUACGUGCCUAAACUGUAUGGGAGCCUCCAGAGCCCGGAGUCGGACGGCGGUUACUGCGUCGAGGUCAUGAAGAGCGAGAACGACUACGGAGGCGGAUGUUACGACUCCCGGUUCAUGCCCACGGAGACGCCCAUCAAGGUGGAGCAGGACUCGGACUCUGAGAACGGCUGCGACACCUACGGGCGCCCCUGGACGUGCCGUGAGCCCAUCGAUCGUCGCUACGGUAACUCCGGCCAUGAGGGCAUCCUCCAGAUGAAGGCCGAGGCGGACUUCUACGAGCAGUACUCCCCCUGCCAGCGUGCCAAAGCUGGCAUUAGUCCGCAAUUCAACAACGGGCACUACCACAAUCUCUGCAGCAACGGUGUUGUUAGCGCUGGCGGGCGUCCGUUGAAGUGUGUCCUCAACAAAGAGCACAGCUCCCAGUUCAGCCCCCAGAGACUGUCCCACCCAGACCCCCUGUGUAGCAGCCAGACCAUCAACCUACUGGAGGCCCAUCUGUACACCGGCGCCCCCUUGGAGUCCCCCCUCCACAAGGCCUACCUGCAGGAGGACUACAAGUCCCAGGACUACAAGCUGAGUUACCAGGAGUUCAAAGGUCACGGACUGGUUCACACCAUCAAGCGGGAGCCAAUGGACUCGCCACCCUGGUCUGAUGGUGGCCAUGACAUGUGCGGGAACAUGACAGGACAUGCUCAGCGGAACGCUAUGGCCACCUGUGUGAUGAGCGCAGGGCAGCACAAAGCCAACCCUUACGCCUAUAUGCAAUAGAUAGAUACGCAGCUAUGACCCUGAGGAACACAGGUCCAGUUUCUUAGGAGAAAUCGCUGAUCUGACAUCACUGGCUAAGCUGAUGUGUAGACAAUGAGAUAUUGUUUCCCCCAUCCACUGAUGUUAGAUCAGAGAUUACCUCAAGGAACGAAGGGAGAGGGAAGGAAGGAACGGAGGAAGGAAGUUGUAAUCAGGGUAGACAGUAUGAACUGUACAAUCAAUCCUUGUUCACCAGCAUUACACCAAUGAAGUUAAAUCCACUAACUACCAAUGUUUUCGGUGGCUAAUCUUGUGUUUUAAUCUGAUACAUUAAUUGAACUAAUGAAUUAAAUGGCCCAUGCAUUAACGAUUACAUGAUGUGCAGUAAUGAGUACAAGCUUGAAGGGACAGGCUGGAGAUUUUAGGCUGAAGAAAAUGCUUCUUUUUGUUUAGAAGGUCUUCAGGACAAGACUCAGGUUCAGAGACGUUUAGUGUUGACACAAUCACAGAGCGAGGUGGGAGGGGGUGGGGGUCAAUCUUCUAACUUGAUUUUUUGUAAUUUUGUUUAUUGUUGCUGAGCAUAAACUGUAAUUACUAUUCAAAGCACUUUUUGAUAUAGUCAUGAUGAUGCAAACAUUUUCUAGUCUCACGUUUAGUUUUAUCUUUGUGUUUGUGUACACCUGCCGUUCUGUUGGCAGUCCAAACAUAUGAAGGGCAUACUGUACAAAGUUUGGUGUUCUGCGUUAUAUACCCAUCGGUCAGCUGUACACCCUUUUAGAAUAAAGGGUCGGAGAGAGAAUUGUUUGUGCGUAAUUUGACAUUUUAAAAAUAAGUUUCUGUUAACACAGGUUUUCCCCAAAGAGGGUUUUGCAUGCUUUUAUUGAACAAUAUUGAAGGACAUGGUACCUGUCGGAUAGAGAAGAGAGUGUGUGUGUGUGUGUGUGUGUGUGUGUGUGUGUGUGUGUGUGUUCACCUGAGAUCUUAAGUAUUUUUCAUGUUUUAAGAUUAUUUGAAUUCAUAGUCUGAUUUCUAUGCGCACAAAACCGUUAUGUGAUCUCCUCUGUCAUGUUCUUGUCUUGUUAGUUUGUAAUAUCAUGGUGACUACAUUAACAAAUGACAUAUUACAUAUGUACAUUUUUAGCGUCUCUUACCAUUUAGUCAUUCGAUUUACAAUGCAAUAGUUAUCAUGGGGCAUCUUUGAGCCACUCCUCAAUUUCUUAGUGAUAAUAAUCAAUCGCUCAUCAACAAUCAAUACGUAAAAACUACUGUUCAGCCAUCGAUUAUGACGUUGCACUAUUGGGAGAGAGUUAUCAGUACAAUAGACCUAUCUUCCUCCAGACAUGAUGUCAAUUUGACACGCACAACUGUACGCUUUUGACAAUUAAAAAAUAUAUAAAUACAUGUAUUUUUUGUGUGCAUUGUUUAUUAAAUUCAGUCAAUGUCCAAUGAUGGUUGCUAUUUAUUGUCUCAGGCAGAAGUGUAUAUUUAAAGAAAAAAUGUGUCUGAGUGCUACUUUCUUUUCUUGCUCUCUUUUUUGAUAGAUAUUAACAAAGGCAAAGGAGUUCUCUUGUGAACUGUGGAGCUGCCAGGCAGCCAUCUUGUCUUGCUUCUGUAUGUUCUUUGGAAAAAAAUUAUCAUAUAAUAAAAGUAUUUCCAGAAGAGUC